AUGGAAAAAGCUUCAAAAUCCAAAAGAUCCAGGGAAGUUACUUUUGAGACUUAUUCUCCUUCAAUUUAUGAUCCACCAAUUCCUUUUCCGCAAAGAUUAAGAAAAAAUAAUGUGGAUGAUCAGUUUUCUAAAUUUCUAAGUAUAUUUAAGCAAUUGCAUAUUAAUAUUCCUCUCAUUGAAGCUUUGGAACAAAUGCCUAAGUAUGCUAAAUUUUUGAAGGAUAUUAUAUCAAAGAAGCGGAAAUUGGAGGAGCAUGAAACAGUAAUGCUGACAGAGGAGAGUAGUGCAAUCUUACAAAAGAAGCUGCCACCUAAGCUAAAAGAUCCAGGGAGUUUCACUAUCCCUUGCACUAUAGGAAAAUCUUAUUUUGAUAGAGCUUUAUGUGAUUUACGGGCAAGUAUUAAUCUAAUGCCUCUCUCUGUUUUCAUGAAAUUGGGUCUUGGAGAAGUAAAGCCGACCACUAUCUCUUUACAAUUGGCGGAUAGAUCUAUUAAAUAUCCAAGAGGAGUCAUUGAGGAUGCAUUAGUAAAAGUUGACAAGUUCAUCUUCCCGGCUGACUUCAUUGUCCUUGAUAUGGAUGAGGACGAGGAUACCCCUUUGAUAUUGGGUCGACCUUUCCUUGCGACGGGGAGAACCUUAAUUGAUGUCCAGCAAGGAAAACUUGUUUUGAGGGUUGGAGAGGAUGAGGUCACUUUUGAUGUAUUUAAGCCUAUGAAAUUUCCUUCCGAGAGACAUUCUUGUUUUCAAAUAAGUGACCGAGACAUGAUCAUGGCCAAUGAGACUUGUGCAAUUGAUUUUCUAAAGUUACCACUUGAGGUAUGUCUUACUCGCUCUACACCUGUAAAAUUCAAUGAUGAAGAGGUUAAAGAGUGUGAAAGAUAUUUGGAGGCUACACCACUCUUUCCUCCUUCAAUGCAACCAAAAGUGGAAGACUUAAAAUCAUGUCAGCCAACAUCUCCACCAGAGGAACCACCUAAACUUGAGCUCAAACCACUUCCAUCAAAUUUAAGGUACACUUCCUUAGGCCAAGACUCUAUUUUUCCAGUUAUUUUUAACAGUUCUUUGAGUGAUGUAGAGGAGGAAAAGUUGCUGAGAAUCUUGUGGGAACACAAAAUGGCUUUGGGUUGGACCAUCUCUGACAACAAAGGAAUUAGUCCUUCAAUUUGUACAUACAAGAUUUUAAUGGAGGAUAAAUAUAAGCCGAUUGUCCAACCCUAG